GGUUGUGAGGAAUGUUUACAUUCGCUACUGGGGUUGUGUCUGAAAAAAUACAGUGCUGACCCAAUUUUACAAGCAAAUUUUGUAAGAUGAGCGACGAGCAGCCGGAACAAACAGUUGAAAAGCCUAAACCUGGCUCAGAGAAAUGGCUGGACGCAUACCACGAUCCUGUUGCGUCCCUGUACACCCUAACACAGUGUGUGGCUCUGUCCGACAUACAGGCCGAUGGGGACUGGAAAUUAGUGAUUGCAGAUCUUGGCACAGGAGCUUACAACAUGAAGCUCAAAGUUUAUAAAGGAACAAAUUUGAUGAGUGAAAAUGCCAUUAUUGACCUUCCCACUGGGGUCGUCACAUUCUAUAUGGACGUCCUCGAACCAAGGAUGCCAGCUAUUGCUGUUGCAUCUGGUCCCUAUAUUUACAUCUAUAAAAAUCUGAGACCUUACUUCAAAUUUACAUUGCCCACUUUGGAUGUGAAUAGCGUGGAGCUAGACCUGUGGACACAGGUCAAGGAGGACAAAAUAAAUGUCUUUGUGUUGAGAGAAAUGCUUGAGGGUAUGAGAGCGGAGGGUACAGUGUUGACGGUGCGGUCACUACGGUUCCUGCAGAUGACCGACAUUGGUGACAUGGAAGCAUUUGCUAAUCUCUAUAAACACAUGCCACUGAGGAGGCAGACCGUGAUCAGCUGUCUAAGUACCAUGAAGAAGUCCAUGGCAGAUGAGGACGCCAUAUGUUGCCUUGUCCUAGGCACAGAGAACAAGGCUGUGUACGUUCUGGAUCCAGAGGCAUUCACCGUCCUCACUACAAUUGAGUUGCCGAGUGUGCCGGUGUUCCUGAGUGUUACUGGCCUGUAUGAUGUGGAAUACAGGAUUGUGGUGGCCUGUCGUAAUGGCUGUAUCUACACCCUUAAGAGGGGGACGACAGAUGUGUCAAAGAACUGUAUAGAACUAAACUCUCAACCAGUGGGCCUGGAGAGAAUUAACAAGACUAUUUAUCUGGGUACAAUGGAUGAAAUGAUCCACUGUUAUACCUCAAAGGGUAAAAAGCUGUGGACAGUCAAGAUGCCAGCCGCAAUCACCACCAUGGAAACUAUGGAUUAUAAGUCACGAGGGUUUAAGGCGGUUAUUGUGGCUCUCAACAACUGUAAGGUACACAUCUACAAGGAGAAGUACUUAGUUAAUGUCAUCAGCACCGACGAUGUAGUCACAGGACUUAAGUUUGGCCGCUUCGGUCGGGAGGAAGGCACUCUGGUCAUGACCACAAGAGGUGGAGGACUCGUGUUGAAGAUCCUCCGUAGAAAUGCCACAUUUGAGGAGAAAGAUAUAUCAGCUGGUCCUCCUAUCGCCCAAAACACAAGACUCAAUGUACCAAAGAAAACAAAGCUAUUUGUGGACCAGACAAUGAGAGAGCGUGAUAAUGCAGUUACCAUGCACAGGACGUUCCAGAGGGACCUGUACUUACUGCGGUUAAACACAGCACGCGAGUAUGUCAAGUCAUUGGAGAAUAGCAUGAACCCUGUAUCAGCUGAUCCCACAGAACCCCUCAAACUCAAUGCCCAGGUUCAAGGGAUUGGUCCUACAUUUAAAUUGACAGUUAAUUUACAAAAUACGUCCCUAAGCCAUCCGUCCACCAACCUCCUCAUCACCUUCCAGUAUGAUGACAGACUGUACACAUUGAAGAAGUCUCUCAUACAGGUGCCCAUGCUCGUGCCUGGCCUCAGCUAUGCCUUUGAGACGUUUGUGGAGUGUUUGAAUGACAAGGGAGUAUCUGAUAAUCUCAAGGUAUUUGUAUUGAAAGAAGGCAAGAGUAUACCUAUAAUUACUGGAGUGAUUAGUAUGCCAGUCAGUGAGUCUUUGGUGGUGGCUUAGAUUUUCUACAAUGACACAGGUACACCUGGAAACUAUACUGAAACCCAAUUACACUGAGAGCCCCCAGUAACCACAGCAGGGACAAACCUAUUACAUACAUGUAACUAUGUACAACAAUGCUGACGUACCUUACACAGUGAUCACAAACACUUGCCAGGCUUGUAAAAUCUUCAAUACCAAGCUAUCACUGGAUCAUGAUAUAUAUGCGUUUUGCAAGAACUGUUCUACCCUCUGUAUUGCACAACAACUGCAGUGAAAACAAGGUUUAGCAGUUUCCCAAGGGUCGAGAUAUAUUCUCAGCCCACAUUCAAACAACUAUUUCUACCAGAUCUUAUCUUAAAUGAUAUGCAAGAAAAAAAAAUCACUGAACAAGAAUGCUUCUAUACCAGCCUGCAGCCUACUACAUAUCUGAGUGACAGAAGUCAGUGGUGGCCUUCCAGUUAGUAUCUGUAUAUCGAUAUGUAGGGGGAUACGUUACAUUUGUAAGAUGCUGACAUCCUAUUGGUUGUACUGAUGUUGUUUGCCAAUAUCUGUUUGAUGAAUCCCUGUAGCUAUGGUCUUAAACUCAGUCUUGACAAAAUAAAACACCACUCAAGAAUGGCUGUCUGAUUCUUAGAUAUUGAAAAUCAAAUGUGUUGUUUGUGGUAUUACAUUGUCCAUACUACAUUGUUUCACAGUGCCUGUAAUACAUUGUUUUGUAAUGUCUAAAACAUUGUAAUGUUUGUGGUACAUUGUAUUACAAUGUCUGUAAUACAUUGUAUAGUAAUGUCUAAUACAUUGUAUUGUAAUGUCUGUAAUACAUUAUAAUACAAUGUCUGUAAUAAAUUGUAUUAUAAUGUUUGUAGUAAAUUGAUUUCUGUGUAAUUUUGUAAAUUGAUAUGAUAGAUUGUAUCCUGUUGGAUAUAACCAACCUGAUACUACAUAAUUGCAUGUAUGACUGCCACACCUGUUUUCUAUUGAAGUAUUUUUGUAUUCAUAUCUAAGAGGCAAAGAAUAGUGUACAGAUUUUUCCUCAAAGUAUGCCGUCCAUUCUACUUCCUAGAAAGGUAAAAGCUUACCAAUCAGUAUAUUCCCUGGAAAGGUCUCAGUUUACUGUCCAUAUAUACACAGGAGAGCUACCAGUUUACUGUCCAUAAAUAUACACAGGAGAGCUACCAGUUUACUGUCCAUAAAUAUACACAGGAGAGCUACCAGUUUACUGUCCAUAUAUA